UUCUGUGAACACCUCACAGCACUGUGCUGAGAUAAGGUUUCUUAGCAACUAUUGCGAUCAGGAGCUCGUUUUUAAUCAUUUUGUUUCCUUUUCUAUUUCACAGUCUUGUUUCCUUUUCAGUUCCAGCACAAACUCAAGAUGCCUAAUGUGUGAAGUCAAAGACUGGUGUCUACUUUGCAGCUCCUGCAGUUUUUCUGGUUUCCUUCUGGCAUUUUUUCGGUUGCAGUGCCACCAAAGGUCUAAAGAUAUGAAUGCAGAUGACACAUACAGUAGCAUUUCCAAAUGGACGACCUGACUCCACAGUGUAACAGCUCCAGUCAAGAAUAUCCCUGCAAUGACCAAGGCACUCAAUAUGCAUUGAUCAUCAUCCCAGUAUUCUUGGGAGUGACUACUGUCCUCACCAUCACUCUGAUUCUCUGGAAGACAUGCUGCAGGAAAUGGGAGCAGGAGAGAGCUCCUAUUGCUUCCCUGCAAGACAAACCAGUCAGUUCAGAGAGUGGGUAUGUGGCCAUGGCCGCUGUAGAACACACCCUGCUGCCUGUCAGAGACCCCGGGCUGCGGCAGUGGGAGAUACCAGGGGACACUGCCAUCGAGGACCUGGAGUUCCUCCGCAGCGGGAGAUUUGGGCCUGUUUGCAGAGCGAAGUUAACCCAAGGGGGCAGCUCUACUGCCGUGGUUAUUAAGACUCUGAGGGACAACAGUACCACCAGUAAAGCCAAAGAAUUUGUAAACUGGAUCCGUUUCUGUGCUAGAGUGUGUUGCCACGACAACCUGGUGAAGAUGAUGUUCUGCCAGACAGAGCUCUGGCCGAUGUACCUGAUCAUGGAGGCCUGCAGCCCAGGGAACCUGCUGCACCUCCUCUGGGAGCUGAGGAAGAGUGAUGGUGAAAGUGUGGAUCAAGUCCAUGAAUUCUCUGAGACGUCCGUGUAUUGCAUUGGCAAGCAGGUGUUAGCUGGGCUCGACUAUUUGGCAUCAGAGCAGAAGCUAAUACAUGGCGAUGUUGCAGCGCGUAACGUGCUGAUCAACAGCAGGCUUGGUGUGAAGAUCUCGGGCCUGAGCCUGGCAUUCGAGGUCCAGCAGACUGGUUGUGUGUCAAGCAGGAGCGCAGCAGUGGUGCCCGUGAAAUGGCUGGCACCCGAGAGGAUUAUGAAGCUGCCCAUGACGGUAAAAAGUGACAUAUGGUCAUUCGGAAUCCUCCUUUAUGAACUAAUUACUUUAGGGUCCCCACCUUAUCCGGAGCUCAAACCCUUGGACACGUUUCCAAAACUACAGCACUAUUACAGAAUGAAAAGACCAGACCAUUGUGGGGCCCCACUGUAUGACUUAAUGAAGCAUUGCUGGAUGUGGCUUCCUCAGGACCGGCCCUCUUUCUCAGCAGUAAUCAAGCAUCUGGAUUCCUACAUGUAUCUGGCUGAAACAAAGAUGAUUUGCAACAAGGAAAGCAUGAAUAUGAACCAGUACAGUCUGAUUGCAGGAGUGGUACUGUGAAUUCUCAGACUGAUAACUAACCACCAGGAUCUGUACAACAAUAAAGAGGUUCUUAGGAAAGUGUAUUGGUAUAAAUUAUGUUUUUGCACAUUAUAAGAACCAAAAUAAAUUGCUGUGGACGUUAAUGCCUUGGGGAAAAGGUUGAAUAAUAAUACAUUACUUUCUCAUGUGUAAUGUCACACUACCUGUCUGCAAAAUGUUGUUCUAAGUGGCAAAAAGAGAAAAAAAUACUUAUAAUGUGUCUUUCCUGACAACUAUAUUCGAUCUCAGAGACCCCCUUAAAAAUACUUAUGAAAAUACAAAGCAUCCCUGAUACUUCUGGGCUUUGGUGUCAGAGACUGAGUACAGUACUAGUGUACAGCAGUUCCUGAACAAUGAAGGCCAGAGCAGUAGUGAGUACAAGGAAUACACAGCUUUCACCUGAUAAUGCCUCCAAGUAGAGACAUGUGAGGGUUAUGCUGCCUGAAGCAGGUAUUCGUACAUUUACACGUCGUUUCUGCUGCUUCAAAAACAUACAGUAUGAAGGAAGUGAUGUAAAAAGUAUUUGUUCUGUAAACAUUACAUAAUAUUA